AUGGAUCUUUUUCCAUCUCAUCAUAAAUUACUUCGUCAGCUAUCACAUGAUUUCCUUGAAGCUUGCUGGUGGUCUCUGCUUUCGACGUUUUUCACUCACCCGAAGGUGGUUUCCAGUCACUUGGCUUGCCGUGAAGCUUCCAGCAACGUUUCCGAGUGUGCCCUAGCUUCCAACAGUGGUCGCAUCAGGGCCUUGUCUUCUUCGUUCGACUAUCAAUCGCUCGGGUUGUUUGACGUGGAUGUUCCUGGAGGAAGAUCAUACAAGGAAAGCAGCUUCACAGUAGCAGGGACGGAUGUUGUUGCAGUAGACAGUCCCAUCGGACGCUUGGGCCUGACAGUCUGCUAUGAUUUGAGAUUCCCAGAGCUUUACCAACAGCUUAGAUUCAAUCACGGAGUACAUGUUCUGUUGGCUUCGGCUUUUACCAAAGUAACUGGUGAAGCACAUUGGGAGAUUCUUCUUCGUGCUCGUGCAAUUGAGACUCAAUGCUAUGUAAUUGCUGCGGCACAAGCAGGAAAACAUAAUGAUAAAAGAGAAAGCUAUGGAGACACACUAAUAAUUGAUCCAUGGGGAACAGUAGUUGGCCGAUUACCUGAUCGACUUUCGACAGGGAUUGCAGUAGCUGAUAUUGAUUUCUCGUUGAUUGACUCAGUGAGGACAAAAAUGCCAAUUUCCAAUAAAUUCCUUUUCAACACAAAAAGCCCGAUGACUUUUGGAGACCUGCAUCUCUGUGAAGCAUCAAAGAGUUAAUCCUUCAGCAUCGACUACUGUCAUCCAGAUUGGAAUAUCAAUUUCGUACUGAUUAUCUGGGCAUCAGAGGAUAGCGCAACUGUUCUUAUCCAUUGGGAAGAUUGAUGAUGUAGCUAUGUGCUAUGAAUUGCUGAAUAAGUAAAAGUCUAUUUUCCUGACUGAUUUUUAUUUUAUCUUUAUUUUUGCUCGUGGCUAUGAACGUUAUAAUCUCCCAGUAUCUGGCAUUGUUGUAUUAGACAGAGAAACAUGAAGUUGAUUUUAAUAUUCUUAUCAAAUUUCCAGUAGUUUCUGCACGGAUCAAAA